AUGAGUGAGCAGAACUUCCCCCAACCCGAUUUAUCUGUGCUCAGAGCUGAUGCAUUUUCGCGAUUGUUAGGUGAUACUACAGACACCACUAAUCUGUAUGGGUAUACCCCAACCAAAUCCGUCACUAUAAUACUUAUGCUUUUGUUCGCGACUUCGUCUGGAUUACAUGUUUUCCAAUCCGUCCGAUACCGCGUCUGGUUCGUGUGGCCCACCGCUAUUCUCUGUGGUGUGGCGGAAGUCGCCGGAUGGUAUGCCCGUUUCAAGAGCAGUUCAGACCCCACAGUCAAGAAGUGGUAUAUUAUACAGUCCACUGCAACGGUUCUCGCCCCAACACCGUUGCUCGCUGUAUGUUUCAUCAUUCUUGGCCGCAUUAUCAUGCGUCUCGGCGAUCGGUAUAGCCGUUUGAGAGCUAGAUGGUAUACGAAGAUUUUCCUUGCUUGUGAUAUCAUUGCUAUCUUCAUACAAGGAGGAGGUGGAGGAAUCGCUUCUGGAGCUACCACAGAAUCUAAAAGCAAAAUGGGUUCCGAUAUCAUGUUGGUCGGUAUAAUCUUUCAGUCAGUCGCGAUCGUCAUCUACUCUAUCCUCGGCAUCGAGUUUGUCACUCGAUACUUGAAGGACCGGCCAUUCCCUGGACGGGAGGGCAGUGGAUCUUACGUUGUUGUGCCUCUGACGAAGCGGUUGAAGAUACAGCUCUGGGGGCUGGUGAUCAUGACAAUGUUCUUGUUCAUCCGUGCGAUCUAUCGUAUCAUCGAACUCGCAGAUGGAUGGGGAGGACCUGUCAUGAAGACGCAGUGGUUGUUCAACUUUUUCGACGCCGCUAUGAUCGUCUGCGCCAUCUUCACCCUCAACUUCUUCCACCCCGGUAUGCUCCUCGCACCACACCCAGAAGACGACGAUGUAUACUCUCAAGUCCAAGAACCUUUCAAGAUGAAACGCUUCGAGUCCGACGUCUAG